AUGCAAAUCCGCCAAUACCUCUCCAUCCCACCUGCACUCACAUCUACCCUCCUCGGCGGCGACGGCUACAAUCCAGUUACUCCAGUGCCCAAUAUGCCUACGUUGACUACGACGUCGGUGUUGACGUCUGCGGUUACGCUUACGAGUUUCGUUACUGUUACUACGGGCCAGCUUUCUUCAAGCACUGGUAUGGCGUCUUCGGUGCCCGCCUCGAUUUCCUCGGUGGUGCCGUCGUCGGUGUCGACGCCUACGCCGUCGCCUUCGGUGAAUCCUUAUCCUAACUUGCCUCCUAAGCUGGUUAGUGCGAUUGAGGGGCUGGAUGAUUGUACUCAAACCAUCCUCUUCACCAACCUCGCAAACUCCCCCUGCAACCCCGCAGACUCAUCCUGCAUCUGCAUCCAACUCCGCAACGCCGGUUUGACAAACACGAUUGCGGCAACUUGUACCACGGAUGCUACGACGCAGUAUACGGGCUUUCAGGACAAUGUUUGUGGUCCGAUUUUGGCGUCAUCUUCCGUGCCUGUUUCCUCAACGCCCGCUGCUUCUUCUUCGUCUGCGCCGGUGUCCUCGUCUUCGAUGAUGCAGUCUAGCAGAAGCAGUGUUGUUGUUGUUGUUGUUGUUACAUCGACGACACCUGCGCCGGUGGUUUCUACACCUGCUCUGGUGGGUAAUGCGACGACGACGACUAUGUAUACGAAUACCGCGUUGGUGCCGAGUGUACCGAGUGAUACCAGCGCUCCUGGUCCUUCGACAGUUUUGCCCGAACCACCGGUUUACACAGGUGGUGCGGCAGUUGUUAAGAGGGGGGUGUUUGGUGUGGUGUUUGCUGGGCUUUGA